AUGUACACACUACUUCAACUCCGUCAUCAAGAGCUCUCUACGAACAGACCCCACUCACCAUCAAAAGCUCUCCCGAGCUCCUCCAAGCUCACGACCUGCCGCACACCUCCAGACGCCACGUCCCACCCUCAACAGCGUGCCAAUCGCCUCACGCACUUACGACCAUAUCCCAUCAUUGCCCCUCCCCAUGGCAUCCCGCCACACAGCCGCGCGCCCCAAGCGCGCAGGCGAAGACUUCGCCCGCACCCAUCACACGACACAGCAGACCCCGACUCGAAAAAAGUCAAGUUCGACGUCCGCAACCCCUCCGCCCUCGCCGCCGACGCGCGUGAGGAGGACGCCGUCCUCGAAGCCGACGUCAUCGGCGGUGGCGCGGCCACCAAGCGCGGCGCCGUCAACCUCGACGGCUACGACAGCGACUCGGAUGGCGAGACGUUCAAUACGCGCGCCGACAAGCGGGCGCUCGGCAAGGGCGAGGCCAACAUUCUCGAGCAGCUGGACAAUUACGACUCGAAGAGCGCCGGCGGCGGAUCCAAGGGUGCCAAAGCCAAUGCGGCAGACGACGAUGACGACGAUGACGACAUGUUUGCCGAGCCGGAGGAUGCGCCAAAGGAGGCUGCUGGGGCGCCUGAGUCGACGGUCGAGGCGAAGAAGAAGGCAAAGGCUGUGCAUUUCUUACAGGAUACCGAUAUAGAGGGGCAAGACAUGCAAAGCAAGAGCGGCGGACAGAUUCGCCUGGAUGACCAGGACUCAGACGACGACGAGGAAACGCGCGACAUGGCCAUGCAGGAGGAGGGUAUCGACGAAGAGGUCGGCCUCGAUGCGCAACACGACAAAUGGCUCGACGGCGUCAGCAAGAAGGAGAUGAAGAAGGCGGCCGAGGCCCACGAGAGGCGCGAGGCCGAGGCGAGACGGUUGCGAAUGGAGAACGACAGCUUGUUGACGACAGAUAUUCUGAAGAGUCUGAUUCUGAAGCUGGAUAAGGGCGAGACUGCACUGGAAGCACUCGCGAGACUGGGCAAAGGACAAGCGAAACAGAAGAAAAUCCCGAAAUGGAAACUCAAAAAGCAGAAAGGAGGCGCGGAGGGCAUGGAUGUCGACCAGGCGGAGAAGGCAGAGGACCCUGAGCAGAAGAGGAUACGAGAGGCUAUUGCAGCCAUCACUGACGCGGCUGAUAAAUUGUUGAGCCGAGAUCGUGCUGAGAUCUACGAUGAGGAACGAGAGGUCCUCCUCAGAGAGUGGCAGCGCGAAACCGGCGAGGAUUGGGUGGAGCCGACGCAAGAGGCAGAAUCGCAAGAGGGCAAGAUGUGGGAAUUCCGGUGGGUGGAUGGCCGCGAUGACGCGGACAAGCAAGGCCCAUUCGACAGCCAGACCAUGAAAGCAUGGCAAGAUGCUGGGUACUUCGGAGAAGGCGUCGAGUUCAGGCCGGCAGGCGAUGAGAAUGAAUGGAGCAGGGUCGCAGGCUUUGCGUAG